GUACGUUCGUUACAUUCCGUGCUCUUUGUAAAAUAUUUAAAGAAUUGUUAUUCAUUGAGCAAUACCUGCCACGUAUCUUUAUUUCACACACUAAUCUCUGAGGAAUUCCUCCGAUGUGGCAACACUGGACCGAGCAAAAGGAGAAAAGCAAAACUCAUCCAAAAGACGAAAUUGGGCAAUGCAAGAGUAUAAACAGAAAGAGAAGCCAACGGAAACAAGAGGCAGUGGAACUUGAUCGAAAUAAAUAUAUAUGGAAAACGAAAUGAAUAGAGGAAGAGGACGAGGGGGAGGACGAGGACGAGGGAGAGGAAGAGGAGAAGAAGCAGCAAGCGGAGGAGAAAAAGAAAGGGGAAGAAGAGAAGGAAGAGGAAGAGGAGCAGGACGAGGAGAAGAAGAAAGAGAAUUGGAAGCAAGCGGAGGAAGAGAAGAAACUAGAGGAAGAGGGAGAGGGAGAAGAAUGACAGAAGAAAGAAGAGGAGGAGAAGAAAGGCUAAGGAGAGCAGUUAACCAGCCCGGGAACAUUGCUGGCGUGUUCAUCCCUGAGCCGGUUCUAGCGCCCGUUCCGAAGCCGGUUCGACUGGGAUCCGAACCGCUCGUUUUCUUUGACAUCGAGACCACGGGGUUCGGGGCGCAGUCGCAUAUCAUCCAGAUCGCCGGCGUGAGGGGCGACAGCUCUUACAGCGCCUACGUCAUACCGGAUAUCCCCAUCGGCGUAAGGGCCACGGCGGUGACAGGCAUCUCGCUAAACAAAGGCCUCUUAUGGCACCAUGGACGCGUCGUUGAGGCUCAGUCGAUAAGGAAUGCACUGAAGGGCUUCUUCGAGUUCUUGGGCCCUGGCCGAGUCCUGCUGGUCGGCCACAACGCAAAGACGUUCGACAGUCGCGUACUGAUCACGACAGCCACCAACACGGGUAUGAUCAACGUUCUGAAAAUGCGAACUCUUGGAUUCCUCGACACGCUGCCACUUUUUCGCAAGCUGUACCCACGCAGGAAGACACAUACACUGGGAGAUCUCCACAAGAGUCUCAUCGGCGAGAAGUUCGCGGCCCACAAUGCCUCGGCAGACACACGUGCACUCCAGAGGCUAGUGGAGAAGGUGAGCCCGGACCUGAAGACCAUGGAGGCCUACACGUUCGAUGUCGAGUACGUGGAGGCGGCGUUGGCUUACUUGUACAUGAAAAAGGAAAGUAUGGAGACUCUUUACCCUCUUGAGAAUGUAAACGUGAAAGUGUCCAUGUUAGAGAAGAUCGCUGCAAGCGGCCUCAAGAUGGAGCAUCUUCAAGCAGCCUACAAAAGCGACCGAGAGAACGGGAUUCGAGAACUCUUUGCGCAGCAAUUGCCCGACGGGAAGGCCAGGGUUACAAGGGUAAAACGAAUUGUUGAUAAUGUCAUUUCGUUCUUCGAAAAUGCCGCCUAAUUCUGCGUUUACUCUGUUUGUCCAGAGCAAACGAAUCUGAAAAACCGGUUGGAGCCUCGUCUAUGUCCAGACAAGUCAACUCGGACUUUUAAAGAAGCUUUUGGGUUUUACCUGAAUAAUAAUAAGAGCAUAAAUUUUUAAGAUGUUUAUGAUACUAGGCUAGAAAUAAUUAUUAUGCAUUUGUGUCAUUGGUUGAUGUACAUCCAUCAACAUGAACCCGAACCCAAUGCACAAGAACCAUUUUGCAUUUGAUUUCUUCAGUAUUUAAUUAUAUAUCAGCUCACAGUUGUUUAAUGUUGGGAAGUCUAUCCAUGCUCAAUAUCAGUCAUUAAUAAAACAAGGCCUUCAGGAGUAUUAUGGACUAUUUCCUGAAAGCUCUCUGCACCAUUUUUUUUCUUUUUUUUCUGGUCACAUGUGUGACCAGGAAAAGCACCGCAGAGCAGGUAGGACGACCCCACCCCACCAGUUCUUAUUGGAAAAAGUGGAAUGGAAUUCAUACUUUUAAAAUAACCAAGGGAGAAAGCAAGAUUUGCUGAGUUUGAGAGACCAUAUGCUGUUCAAAAUUCUACAUUGAAAUAAUAGUAUGUAGAGUUAUAACAUCAGAUAUGUAAUAAAGGCUUGUUGAUAAUCUUAAAAGGUUUAUCGUCUGUGACAUAUUUGUAGGAUACAAUGACAUUAAAGAUUUAGGAAUUAAGACUAAAAUUCUUUGAGGAUAGAAUUGUGAUUUAAGGAAAAAGUAAUUUUCUGAAACCAAACAAGAAACCACAUUAUUAGACCGGUCGAUGUGGGACAGUGUGACCCAGAGAACCCCGUGCAAGGUCGUUAACUUCUAGCCAAUCAAGGUAGAUCAUCUUUUUUAUAUAAUUUACACAAAGACUCGCUCCCCAUCCUCCCCCCAGUAUGUAUUAAGCAGAAAGCUAAAAAAAUUAACAUUGGUCUCAGGAUCUCCAAGGUCUUACGCACUGGUUCAUUCUUAACCGGAGGUGCGAGGUUAGGGCGUUAUUCACAAAAAGUCUUAGACCCCGCAAUUUGUCUAAGACAAAAAAAAAAAAGUCCACGACUUGCCCCGUGAAACAUCUCAAAGUUAAUGCUGGUAAUAAAAUAAACAUUUACUUCGUUAUUGAGUCGUGAAGAUGACUGAUUGCAGUAGCAUGGUUAAACUACAUGCUGUAAUAAAUCUUACUAUUAUUAAGACAAUAUUAUUACACAUUUUACAAGUUCAACACAAAUUUAGGCAACAAUAGGUUUCAUGUCACUGCAGCAGCUGUGAAGCUGCAUGGCACCGUUUGUAUUUUCAAAUAGAAAAUUGAUGUAAAUGUGUAGAAAACGGAUCAAUUAAUGGUUAACAGUAAAUCAAAAUGGUUCUCCAAAGUCUAUGUCAUUACUGAUGUGUGAUUAUCUUCAUAUGUCUUUGACUCCGCAAAUUUGUCAUGAAAAUGUCUUGGGCAGUUUUGUCUGAGACUCGGCCGAAGUCGUAGGUGUGGAAGUGUCCGACACGCGUAAGGACUGCUUUUAAAACAACAAUGCAAUUUUACACAAAUUUGAAGAUAAUUCUGCAUCGAAUAUGAUAGAAAAAUCUUAGAAGACCCUUUUGAUUUACUGUCAAACGUUAAUUUAGUCGUUUCUUAUAUUUUACUGAUAUUUUCUAUGCACGUCCGCAAGGACAGUCUUUAAUUUUGUCCUAACGUUUAUGGACUCAUAAAUUUGCCCUUAUGCAAAUAGCGGCGGCCGGCUUUACAACUGAUGCAAUGACAAUAAGUGUAGGGAUGCCACAUCACACUUAGAUAUACUUACUGUGUAGUAUUACUGCUAUGAUAUAAGCAAGAUGUAUUGCCAUAUUAACCUUACGGUGUUGUUACAAUAGAUUAUCAAAAUAGAGUUUAUUACAAUGUGUUCUAGUAUAAACAAUCAAAAAGUGCAGCCUUGUCAAUAAAGACUGAGAAAAAAGCGUG